CGAAUGAGGCACGUGUAGCAUGGGGCAAGGCGCGAACGCCCGGCAUGGCUGCAACAUGAUUUAAUUGCUCAACCUUAUUCCUUCAACCUUUUUUUUUUCUGCGGGAGCCUUGACUAUGUUUGGAUUAUUUUGGGUCAGUCGACCUAUCCUACCGCAGAGCUUUAUGGUGUCGUAUUAAUGUAAUUGAACAUGAUGCCCCACAACGCCGCCGUCCCAUCGGGUUACAUCGGCUUCGGCUGUUACGUGCACUCGGUGCGGAGUCCAUACAUUCUUCUUAAUUCAAUCCAGACGAAGAGACUCCCCUCUCGCAUCUUUGUCCCAGGCCCUCUGCGUCAUCACCUAGGGCUUGCAACCCCACUUGAACUAGGGUGUCCUCGUACAGUACAUGUACGUUUCCUUUUUUUCUUAUACUUUGCGCAUGUGUUUAGUCUUCUAUUGCUUUUCCGCAGGCCUGAACGAUUCAACAAUCAGAUCGUUGGCAUAGAGUUCCAAGUCCGCAUCGCUCGCUUCUCACCCAACUUACCCACAAUGUGCGCUGCUAGGAAAAAUGCAACGACCGUUGCAACUAUAUCAACUAUAUCUUCUCCCAGACUUGCGUCAAGAUUUCCCCAUCCUCCUCGUUUCCACCUGCUGUUUAGGUAGCCGUCACCAUUGACGCUGCAUGCUUGCAAUCAAGCCACUCAAGCUCGCCCAAGCUUUGCUUCGGGCUGCUAUCAGGUGAACCACGCGUAAAAUUAAAAGAGCCGAGGGGGAGCGGCAAAGAGUGGUGCCGAGCCCAAGUUCAGCUAA